GCCUUCACCCCGCUCACUCCUCCCUCCUCUUCCUGAAUGGACAAACGCGCUACCCACGGUCCACGCCUCCCUGCCUCAUCUUCUCCUCUGCCUCUUCCUCAUCAGGAGCUCGCUGAUGCAGCUUCUCGGUACUUUAUUGCGCGGUGAUUGAAUCCGGGUCGGUUUUUUGGAGCGCCAAUUGAAAAAAGCAUCCGCGCAUUCUUUGAUCCACGCUUUUUUGACCCACCAGCUCCCUGAAAAUCACCUCUCUGCCUUACCGGAACAUUGUGUCCUUUGUGUGGGGAACAUGACUGCCAAGCAUCGGAGAGGAAAGAACAACCACAAGCAUGAAGAUAACUUUUUCAAAAAUGAUGACAUGGAGACAGAAGUGCGCUCAGGAGCGACUAACUACGCGCUCCACUUGGUUUUAUUUCUCAUGAUUGUAAUUGGCGGUGCAACUGGCGUGUGGUUCUGUCUCCAGCAGCACCAAACUUUAACCUACUUAACAGACAAUCUCAUGGGUAUGCAGAUGAAAAUAGUGAAGCUGCAGUCCUCCCAUGAAGAUUUGCGACAGUCAAGUAGUAAGCCCUUCUCAGAGGGUCUGGAAACCCGCCUGAUUGCCCUGGAGGAGUCUUAUGCAGUGGCCCAAAAGCAGGUGGGCAUGGCCUUGGCUACAGCCGAACAGCUCAGGACGUCUGACCUCCCCGCUCAGGUACUCUCGCUCCACACCGAGAUGAAAACCCGCCUAGCUGAGAUGCAGCAAGCCACCGUAUCUCUGGAGCAGCUGAGCCAGCUGCAGAGCAUGCUGAAGGGGAAGAGCGACGAGUUUGACGGUGUGAAGGUUCAGGUGGAGGGCCUGGCCAAGCUAAACGACGAUCUGUCCGAGAAGGUCGAAGGCCUGAUGGGGAGCCUGGGAGAUGCUGAAACAAAGCUGGAGGAGAAAGCGGAACAGGUCGGCACGCUCAGCGCCUCCCUGGACGAGCAGGCGGCAGAGGUGCUCCGACUGAAGACGCAGCUGGUUGCCUAUGAGGCUCAACUGGAGGCCAGCACGCAGGAGAUGGCUACUGUCAGAGAGCUGCUCAAGAGUGAAAAGUCAGAGAAGCUGCAGCAGGCCAGCGUGGAGGAGCAGCUCAAUACGGUACGUCAGAGUCUGCAGGAUCAGAACUCUCAGUCCCACAGUCUGCACUUAGGACUCAAAGAUCAGCUGGAGAACGUGCAGAAGCAGCUGGAGGAGGGAACUCCUGCAGAGUCUGAUGAUAAAACCGAGGAAGAAACAGCUCCAGCAGCUGAAGUAACCGAAGAAGAGGCACUUCCUGCUGAUCAAACUGCUCCUUCUGAGGAGAUCGAGGCAGUGGCAGAAGAAGUGGCAGAGGCAGAAGAAGUAGCAGAGGCAGAUGAAGGAGCAGAGGCAGCCGCACAGAUUGAAGCUCCUGCUGAUGUGCAGGAGGACUCUGUGACAGAUGAAGCGGCUCCUUCUGAGGAGGCUGAGGCUGCAGCAGAGGAUCAGAAAGAACAAGAAGAGUCUAGUGUUGUAUCAGAAAAGGAGGAUGAGGAUACAAUAGAGGCAGGAGAGGGGGAACAAAGUGAAGAAGAGGAGGCACCUGAAGAGGAGGAGGAACUUAAGGUGGAGGGGGAAGUGUUUGAAGAGGAAGAACAGCAGGAUGUAGCAGCUGAGGAGGAGGCCGAGGAGGUAGAAGAAGGCGAGGAGCCGUUAGAAGAUGAUUUACCAGAGGAGGAAUAGCCCGUCGGAUUCUAUUCCACACAUCUCCAGCAAGCAGAAUGGGAACUUUCUCAGUCUAAGGACACACUCUACAAUAUGGCAAAUGCUUUAGGGAGGCAUUAUUGAUCGCUGUUGUUUAGGCGCAGUAUUCAUUAUGUGGUUGUUCUUUGAAAGGCAGAAGAAAACGGUUACUAGGUUGAAGUCUUUACCUCAAAACACGAGACGGCUGAUGUGUAAGAAAAAUAAUACUUCAGGAUUUAUCCGCCAAUAACAACCUCAGAAGCCUUAAUCCAGAAAAUAUCUUUCUGCAGAGCCUUUUUCACUCCUCACACGUCUGUACUUAACUGGAAAACAAAAAGCCACGGAUAUCACAAUGCAUACACUGUUUUACAAUGCACUCGAAGCCAUAAAUAAUGCCUGUUUUGGUGACAUUAAAAUAUGAUUCUUUUUACAACUGCCUGAAAUGCAUUAUUAGACUAUUUCAGAGGGGUGGGGGACAGUUUCUGAAACUUAAUGUAUGUCAGUUUACACUGGCAGCACUGCCAGCUGAAGAGCUAGCAAGAAGAAGCAUCUUUAAUGUGAUAAACGAAGAUUCCUGAAUGUAUAAGACAAACUGUAGUUGAUAGUACUUUUUUAUUUACUUUUCUAACUACUCUGUGGUUCAGUGCUUAAAAAAAUUAAUGUUGGGUUGAUUAA